AAUUACUCACCCUCAUAUCGUUACAAGCUUGUGUAACCAGUAAUUUUUCUUCAUAUUUUUGUUUAGUGUUGUACAUUCGGAUGUUUCGUUAUAUUUGCUCACAGAUAAUUAUUCAUUCUUGUACUUUUCUUCAAAAGUACUGAGCAGAGCUGCAUGAUUUCAGUUUCUGAAUUUAAAUGCAAAAGUGAAAAAGAUUUCAGAAGAUUAUCAGUGAAUAAUGACUUCAAUUUUUAUGCAUUUUUGGAGUCCGACAGCUGUUCUCAUUGUAAACUAUGAAGGAAAACAUAACAGAAAGGGUAUCCAGAUCAGAUCUGUCUGUUUGCAGUGGAGUGUGUGAGAGUGUGUGUACAUCAUGUCUCCGUCAGUAAGACUAUCCGCUCUCUAAAGCACUAAAUUGGGUGACAGCUGUUGUGUGGGAUCAGUGCGAGAGCCACGAGUCCGGAGCGCCAGGUCAUUAUAAACACACUCUCUUCAUCUAUUCGGUGGGUGAUUCAGGAAAGAAGCGAUGGCCCGUAAAUACAGCAGGAAAGAGUAUCUGUCAGUCAAGGACCUGGAGAAAGUUUUGGACUCGUGUAAGUUAAACUUGCACCAAAUCGAUGAGGUCUGGCCAAACCUGUACAUCGGGAACGUAGGAAUAGCACAGAACCGAAGCGCCCUGCAGAAACUCGGCAUCACUCACAUUCUGAACGCCGCUCACACCAAGAGAGGAAGCAUCGCGGACCAGAACUACUACGGCACUAGUUUUGUGUACUGCGGGAUCCCCGCUGACGACUCCACACACUUCGAUCUGGACGUUUACUUCAAACCGGCAGCAGAUUUCAUUCACAAAGCUCUCAACACUCCUGACGGAAAAGUUCUGGUGCACUGCAUCAUGGGAAUGAGCCGAUCCUCGUCGCUGGUGCUGGCCUACCUGAUGCUCUAUCACGACAUGCCUCUGCACGCGGCUAUACGGCGCGUCAUCCAGAAACGAGCCAUCUAUCCCAACAGGAACUUCCUGGCUCUGCUGCUGGACCUGGACCUGCAGAGGAAGAAGAAGCACAGACGAUGUGUCCUGCUCUGAGUAAACAGCUACAGGACUGAUCACGUGAUGAACGAUCGUAACACUGCGUCCUAACCAAGCGCUUUGAUACUCCACACUGAAAGCGAAAACAUGAAUGCAAUCGAUAUGUGAUGCCUACAGUAACGUGGAGCUGGAAUUUGGACCAAUGAGAUCUGAUUGUGGGCGGAGCUUAUGCAAAAGAAAAAGUUAUUUUCUUUUCUUAAAGCAAUAGUUUACCAUAAAAUGAACAUUUGCUAAAUAUGUCCUCACCCUCAGGUCAUCCUAAUGAGUUUGUUUCGUUAUCAUAUUUGGAAAAAUUAAGCAUUUCACCAAUGGAUGCUCUGCAGUGAAUGGGUGCCGUCAGAAUGA